AUGGACCAGAGGGCUCUGAAGAAACUGGUAGAAUCCAUAAGUAAAAGUGUCAAGAGUUUCCAAAAAAGUGAAAUAGAGUGUCUCAUAAAACUUUUUAACAGCUUGGUGAAGAGAACUGAUGGAAGACUUGCUAAGAUUGGGCUAGAUCGUCAUGCAUUUCAAGGGAUCCUACACAAAAUAUUUGGAAUGACUGAUGAUAAACUGAUGGAUAGGGUGUUUUUUGUGUUCGACAAAAACAAUGAUAAUCAUAUAAAUGUAAACGAGUGGGUUAAAGGAUUAUCAGUGUUUCUUCGAGGGACUUUUGAAGAAAAGCUGAAGUUCUGUUUUGAAGUUUAUUAUUUGAAUGGUGAUGGCUACAUUUCUGAAGAGGAAAUAUUUGACAUGCUGAGGAACAGUCUGCAUCAGUACUUACCUGAAGAACAGACUGAUGAAGGAAUAAAAGAAUUGGUAGAAAUAACAUUGAAGAAAAUGGAUUAUGACAAUGAUGGCAAGAUAUCUUUUGCAGACUUUGAAAGAGCAGUGAGAGAAGACACACUUUUGUUGGAAGUGUUUGGACCAUGUUUACCAGAAGCACAGGUACAAUUAUAA